CCGCCGGUCCUCCCCUUCCCUCGCCCGCUUGAUUUCGUCUGAUGUUGACUUGAUGGCCAGGACUGGAGAGGGGUUUUCUGGAGCCAUCAGGGAUCCGGGGGGACACCCACUCCCCUGUCCCCACAUCCCCCUGGUUUUCGGGGGGAGGGGGACGGUGAAACCGGCCCUAAGGCCCUGGCUGGAGCUGCGUGUCGCGUCUGUCGCCGGAGGGAUCGUCUCUGCCCCCGCAGCCACCUCGCGACCUCUCACUCUUGUCGCUGGGUUGCAGUUGCCACUCCGGGCAGUGGAAGCUGCCUGGGCCCUGGGCCUCUCCUGACCGGCGCUCUGGAGCCCUCCGCGCUCCCAUAGCUCGGUGUGGGUGGGAGGGCAGCCCGAAACGCCGCAAGCUUGAUGCCGCAAUUAGAUACCUCUUGGGUCCCCUGAGUUGGCUUUGAAACUGUCGUGCCCGCAGCGCUCUCUGUGGAGCGCGCGUAUUUUGCCGGCUUGACAUUUGACUCCCCCCGACUCCUCCCCCAUCCUGUGUUAAUCCCAGGAGUUUGACAGAUUCAGGCCGAGGGUGAAGUUGCCAAUCAAUUGGAGGCCAGUUGACUUCGUGCAGACACUGGCCUUGCUCUUAGACGUAGCGUUCUUAGGGCUGGUUUCACUGUCUCUUACAACUGAAGGGUGGGGCUGGGAUACAGAUGUGUUCUUUUCAAAUCAAAGGUGCUUUAGGUAAUCACCCUGGAGGGUGUUCAGCCACUUUGGGCAGAGGGCUCCCGGGAUUGGAUUUCUAAAGAUGUUUGAUUUGAAAAGGAUGCCCUUACGUGAUGUAGGUUGUUUGCUCUCUUCCCUUCCCAUGUUUUCAGUCCCUCUUUCCUUCUCCUUGGGAUUUUUGUUUGUCGGUUUGGUUUUUGCCAAUUUGGCAACUCUGAUUCUGGGGCCCGGACUGAAAAGUAACCGUGACCAACCAUUAGACUGUGGAAUAGUCUCCGAGUGAAGGAAGCCCAUCGUUUGAGACAAUUAAAACUGGAUUCUGCAGAGCCCUGGAACAUGACUGUAGGGAUGACCUCUGAGCUGGCCAGGAUGGACACAGUAAUGACCAGACGGCUUUUUCCAUCCCCGACGUUUCCAUUUGGAGUUAGAUCUAGACAAGAAGGACUCAUGGACGGAGGGUGGCCAGCUCAGGUCUGGACCUGAGGGCCCCCAUGCUCUGCUCAAGCAUGCUGUGCCUUUAAACCAUGGUUCCUAUUGAAUCAUGCUGCCUGAGCUGUCAGGCAGCUUCCUUUUCCAAAGUGUUACUUGCGGUAUUUAUUAUUAAAGUUUGAUAAGCGAGAAAAUCUGAGCUUUUUAUACAGUUUUCCAUAUCAUUCUGUAUACGAUGGGAGUUAGGUCUUCCAAAACCAGUGGGGAGCAAACACCACACAUGUACAUGUGUAAUAUUUUAAAAUAAUGAUCUACAUUUGUAAGUUAAGGAGGUUUACAGCAUAGUAAUCAUAAUUUUGAAAUUUAAUAAAAUGCAAUAACUUGGCUACCCUGAAAUUUUUGGCCUUUUUUUCUUGUAAAUGUCUUUUUUUACCUGUAGUAUUUUCUGGUUCUCAUUACAAAAGUCAGCAUUAAAAAAUUAAGCAGACUUUUGUUUGUCUUUCUACAUUUGUUUUUGCAACCCUAAAUCUGAGUGUUUUAAGUGAAAUUUACUAAUUCACUCAUUAUCUGAGAGGUGCACAUUGGCAGCAUCUUCACUGAAUCUUCUGUGUUAAAAGCAUGGCAGGAAGUGCUCUUCUUAAUUUGGCUAAAGUAUCUAUCGGUCCAUGCAAGUACACGUGGAUGCGUCUUCAUGUAUGUUAUAUCUUGGGGGCAUAAAGUCUGGAAGAAAAUAAUGAUCCUGCAUCUCCUAAUAGUUUUGCUCUGUUUCGAGUGAACCUCCUUAAACUGCACGUAUAUGUCACUGUUCCUAUGUAUGUGUGUCUCUCUAUCACAUAACCCAGCACUUAUUUCCUCAGCCAAGUGGCUAGGGGGCGAGCCUAGCCAAGAUUUUACCUCCAAUGGACGCAAGUUUCUUUGGUGAAGAUCUCUCCUGAGAGUUCGGGACUAGCAGAAGGAAGCGAGGAAAUUUCGACCGUUUGGUUCUUACGGAUAGGUAUUUAUGUAUCCGGUUUGUGUGAAUGUAAGCUAUGAUAUUUGACUUUUCAGAAAAAAAAUUUUUUUUUAUUUUUUAUUUUUUUUGCAAAUGGCAUUGAAUGGUUAACCAAACCAUACACGGUAAGAACUGCCACUGAAGUGGAUACCAUUUUAAGCUAUUAAAGGAUUGUUUACCUUUAAUUAUAAGUUUUAUCAUAUUGCAGAAAGGAGCUUAGACUUUGUUAAGAUAACUUGAGCUUAAAAGUAGGUGAGCUAUGACUAGCCAAAUUAAAUAUAAAUCUGAGAAGAGUUUAUAUGUUUGUUUUCCUAUUUUUAUUUCUUUAUCUUAAUCGGUAAGUAUAUGUAUAAAACAUCCCACACAAACCAACCCAGACGUUAAUUUCUUUCCAUUGACCAGCACGUUCAUAUUACAGAUAUGAUGGGCGCGGUCACCUGCAUGACCUUUCUGAGUGCGAUGCUGAGUAUUCCACAUGGAACAGAGAUUACCAGCUCUCUGAAGAGGAGGCACGAAUAGAGGCCCUGUGUGAUGAAGAGAGAGGAAGAAUACAAGCGGUUGAGUGAAGCACUGGCGGAGGAUGGGAGCUAUAAUGCGGUGGGAUUCACUUACGGCAGUGAUUACUAUGACCCGUCCGAACCAACAGAGGAAGAGGAGCCUUCUAAACAGCGAGAAAAACACGAGGCUGAAAAUUUGGAGGAAAACGAGGAGCCUUUCAUUGCCCCUUUAGGAUUGAACGUGCCGUCUGAUGUGGAGCUGCCACCAACAGCCAAAAUGCACGCCAUUAUUGAGCGCACGGCCAACUUCGUGUGCAAACAGGGUGCACAGUUUGAAAUAAUGCUGAAGGCCAAACAGGCCCGAAACUCUCAAUUCGACUUUCUACGCUUUGAUCACUACCUCAAUCCCUACUACAAAUUCAUCCAGAAAGCUAUGAAAGAAGGACGGUAUACGGUACUGGCAGAAAACAAAAGUGAAGAGAAAAAGAAGUCGGGGGUCAGCUCUGACAACGAAGAUGACGAUGACGAAGAGGGCGGGAGUUACCUGCACCCGUCCCUGUUCGCUUCCAAGAAGUGCAGCCGCCUGGAGGAGCUCAUGAAGCCUUUGAAGGUGGUGGACCCAGAUCACCCCCUUGCGGCCCUGGUCCGUAAAGCCCAGGCCGACAGUCCUGCCCCCACUGCACCCACGGCAGAUGGCACGGCCGUGCAGCCCUCCCAGGUGGAGUACACCACUGACUCAACAGUGGCAGCCAUGUACUACAGCUACUACAUGCUGCCCGACGGCACCUACUGCCUGGCACCUCCCCCUCCAGGGGUUGACGUAGCCACUUACUACAGCACCCUGCCUGCCGGGGUGGCCGUGUCCGGCUCCGCUGGAGUGACAGCCACGGCCCCGCCCCCUCCAGGGACCACGCCACCGCCCCCCCCAAGCACAGCAGAGACGAGUAGUGGGGUGACCUCCACCACCAUCACCACAAGUGCACUUGCUUCCGUGGCCGCCAUCAUCCCCCCGCCCCCCGACAUUCAGCCCGUGAUUGACAAGCUGGCAGAGUACGUGGCCAGGAACGGCCUUAAGUUUGAGACCAGCGUUCGUGCCAAGAAUGAUCAAAGGUUUGAGUUCCUGCAGCCGUGGCACCAGUAUAAUGCCUAUUAUGAGUUUAAGAAGCAGUUCUUCCUCCAGAAAGAAGGGGCUGAAAGCGCACAGGCUGUGUCAGCACCGGAAGAGGCUCCUGCAGAGUCUGCUCCUGAAAAGCCAAGUGACGUUGGGGAUGAUAGUGUGUCUGAAGAUGUGGCCGACGCAGGGGGCAGAGGUGGCUCCUCGGGGAAGAAGGAGGUGUCGUGCAGCAAAGCCGUCCCCGACGGGAAGCUGGUGAAAGCUUCAUUUGCUCCAAUAAGCUUUGCAAUCAAGGCCAAAGAAAAUGAUCUACUUCCCCUGGAAAAAAAUCGUGUUAAGCUAGAUGAUGACAGUGAUGAUGAUGAAGAAAGCAAAGAAGGCCAAGAAAGUUCUAGUAGUGCUACAAACACUAACCCGGCAGUUGCCCCACCCUGUGUAGUUGUUGAGGAGAAGCGGCCUCAACUUACCCAGGAGGAGCUAGAAGCAAAGCAAGCAAAGCAAAAGUUGGAGGACCGACUGGCAGCUGCUGCCAGGGAAAAGCUUGCCCAGGCGUCUAAGGAAUCAAAGGAGAAGCAGCUUCAAGCGGAACGUAAAAGGAAAGCAGCUUUAUUUUUACAAACCUUAAAAAAUCCUCUGCCAGAAGCAGAAGUCGGGAAAGUGGAAGAAAAUCCUUUCAGCGUCGAGGAAGCCAGUACUGUGUCCUGCCCUCUACUGGCCGGAGGCAGACCGCUGCCCACUUUAGACAUUAAGCCUCCGGAAGGGCGCUCAAGCAAAAGCAAAGACCCGCCGAGAGAAGAAGAGAGAGAGAGGAAAAAGAAAAAGCACAAAAAACGGUCUCGAACAAGAUCACGCUCUCCCAAGUACCAUUCGUCAUCCAAGUCCAGGUCUAGAUCCCAUUCGAAAGCAAAGCAUUGUCUUCCCAGUGCCUAUCGGACAGCACGGCGCUCGAGGUCCCGGUCCCGGUCCCCCCGGAGACGAGCACACUCCCCCGAGAGACGGCGGGAGGACAGGAGUGUCCCCACUGCCUACCGAAUGAGUAACAGCCCUGGAGUCAGCAGGAAGCGGACCCGGUCCAGAAGCCCCCACGAGAAGAAGAAGAAGCGGCGCUCGCGGUCGCGGACCAAGUCCAAGGCUGGCUCGCAGCCAGCCUCCCCGAGCAAGCAGGCCGCGCGCCGGCACUCGGCCAGCAUCUCUCCUGUGGAGAGUCGGGGCUCCAGCCAGGAGCGCUCCAGGGGAGUUUCUCAGGAAAAAGACGGUCAGAUCUCCUCAGCAAUUGUUUCUUCCGUGCAGAGCAAAAUCACUCAGGACCUCAUGGCCAAAGUAAGAGCGAUGCUCGCAGCUUCCAAAAACAUGCAGACCAGUGCCUCCUGAGAUCCGGCCGUGGGCGACUGGGCCUGGGGCCCCAGGAGCUGGCAGAGCAGAGAGCCCCGUCCUGCACAGACCAUCCCGCUGGGGCUCCUGGACGGUUGGCGGGUUUUGUAAAUUAAUUUUUGAUGACAUUUUAGGUUUAAGAUUUUUGACCAGCAGUCUCUUACCUGUAUAUUUGUAAAUAAUAUCCUGUUUCUGUGAAAAUGUAUUAUCAAAUAAAAUGGGAAGAAAACACCUUU